AAGAAGGGUCCCAGCACCAGCAAGCCGCUGAAUGCCAACGCUCCGCCCUUCCCCGACCCCUCACUCCCCACCUACCGGCCCAUCAUUACCGCACUCAUGAACCAAGGUAACAACGAUCUCGGCGUAGAGGCCUUGCUGCAGGAGGCCAGCAGCAGCCAGUGGUGUCAGAGCGGUGCGUGGUGGGGCGCCCCGUGCAGCCUCAAGUGUAGUGUCAAGGCAGAUGGCGGUGUCGCGCCCUGCAAACGGGACAUCAUGUUGGCCGAGGUCAGUCAGUGAGUUAGCGAGUGGGAGAGCACAGAGACACCGAAGGAUGGAAUGAGGCACCUUUGGGCACCUGGUCGGUCUCUGUGUGUGUCAUCACAUCAGGUGUUCGGCCCUUCCCUGUUCUUCACUCCCAUGCCCGAGGAGGGCCGCCAGCACACCACAACCACCACGUCGGUGAUCAGCAGCAGCACCCACACCCACACCACCACCACCAACAGCCGCGCCGGCUCACGUGCCCCUCCCUGCCCGCCACCCUUCGCCCCAUCUGUCGGCACCCUGGUGGCCAGCUGCGGGCUGCACCCGGCAUGGGUGGACGUGCUCAUGGCCCAGUGCCGUCGCUUGCCGCCAUGAUGGUGGAGCAGCUGACAACC